UUUGAUGGUUCGCGUUCACUCACUAGCUUUUUGUUGUACUUUUACAGUAAUGUAAUUUUAUUAUAAUUAGAUUUAAACAUGGUUAAAAAACUGUAAUAUAUUUUAAGCCUUAGUGACUAAAACUUAAUUUGAAUGAAAAUGAAAAUCGCUGUAGAAGGAUGCGCCCAUGGCGAAUUAGAAAUAAUAUAUGAAUGUAUUGAAACAAUGCAGAGAAGAGAAGGUAUAAAUAUUGACUUAUUGAUAUGUUGUGGUGACUUCCAAUCUGUUCGCAAUUAUGAAGAUCUUGGGACAAUGGCUGUACCAAAGAAAUACCAAAAUAUGUGUUCUUUUUAUAAGUAUUACAGUGGUGAGAAAAGAGCUCCGAUAUUAACACUGUUUAUUGGUGGGAAUCAUGAAGCAUCCAACUAUUUACAAGAGCUCCCCUACGGGGGUUGGGUGGCUCCUAACAUAUAUUACUUGGGCCGAGCUGGAGUUGUGAAGUUUGGAGAUAUAAGAAUAGGAGGAAUGUCUGGAAUAUAUAAACCACAGGACUACUUACAAGGACACUGGGAAUGUUUACCUUAUAAUCAAAGUUCUCUUAGAACAGUUUAUCAUGUCAGGUCUCUAGAAGUGUUCAGAUUGUGUCAGCUGAGAGAUAAAAUCCAUGUUAUGUUAUCGCAUGACUGGCCAAGAGGUAUCACAGAUUAUGGGGAUACAGACACAUUGUUAAGAUGGAAAGCUUUCUUCAGGGAAGAUAUAGAGUCUAAUCGAUUAGGCAGUGUCCCAGCUAUGCAAGUACUUCGCACUCUGAAGCCAGACUAUUGGUUUGCAGCACAUCUGCAUUGUCAAUAUGCAGCCCUCGUUAAACAUGAAGAUACCAAUACGGAGACAAAGUUCUUGGCUUUGGACAAAUGUUUGCCAAGGCGCAAGCAUUUGCAAAUAGUGGAUAUACCUUCAGAGUAUGAUGGAGAGUUGUGCCUAAGACAUGACGUGGAAUGGCUAGCAAUAUUGAAGAAUACUAAUCAUUUGCUGACUGUAAAGAAUAUGAAUUGUUACAUGCCUGGGCCUGGUGGACAUGGAAGGUUUGAUUUUUCACCUACUGACGAAGAGAAAGAAAAUGUAGUCAGAUUACUUGGAAGCCUUGUUAUAAAGGAAGAAAGUUUCGUGAGGACUGCUCCAAUUCACGAUCCAAAUGCUAGAAAAGUUGUUCCUACUGUACCAAUACUGAAUCCACAAACAGUAGCUCUAUGCGAAAAAUUGGGUAUUGAUGAUCCUGUACAGGUAGUAAUGGCGCGAUCUGGUCGCGCAAUGAAACAACCACAUGCCGAAACUACCAGAGAAGAGAUAAGGCCUACUAGUUCAGAAGAGAAUGUCUCUCAAGUUGUAUCUCAAAGUCCAUCUCAGACCCCUAUGAAAUCGUCAAGGCUGUCAUUACUUCUCCCCGCACCAGUCACUCCCAGUAAUGAAAAAUCACUACAAGCUACAUCUCUAGAAACUACUACAGUACCAGAUACUCCAGAAAGCACAAUGUUUUAUGAAUGUAAGACCCCCAUGUUUACAGGUCCUACUACGGUACCAGAUACUCCAGAAAGAACAAUGUUUUAUGAAUGUAAGACCCCCAUGUCUGCAGGUCCAAAGAAAACCUUUAAAAGACGUAACAUGUCUAUUUACAACACUCCAGAUGUUGAUGAGAGUGUUAGCACUAAAUCUAGUUCUUCAUUAGAUGAUACUCCUCAAUCUAGUAAAUUACCUUACAGAGGGGAUGAUACCAAUGAUACAUAAAUUUUAGUACACGUAACACCAUAUCUGAAGACGCUUCAUGCAGACAAAGCAUUCCUGGUGUUCUUUGCCCUGUGUGAAUCUACCUAGCAGUAUAAUUUCAGCUCAACUCUAUGUUAUAAUGUAUGUAGUGAAAAUGUAUGCGAACUUAGGCGAAUAAUGAAGUGCAAUGUACUAGAAAUUAUAGAUAAGUAAUAAAAUUAGGGUUAAACAUGGAUUGAACUUUUUCUAUAGACUCUUCAUUUAGAUUUAAGCUAGAAUCAUGAUCAAGUCACAAGAUUGCAUAGAUGCCUGGCUAUUUAUUUAUUAUGUAACAAGACCAUUGUAUAGAAUUGACUAUAAUUGUGCUGUAACAUAUCCUGAUCCUUUUUAGAAUAUACUAGCCGGUUUCCCGUGGGAGCUACUGCCCCCACCGGGAUAAAAUAUAGCCUAUGUUACUUGCAAAUAAUAUAGGUUUCUAAUGGUGAAAGAAUAUUUAAAAUCGGUCCAGUAAUUUUUGAGUUUAUCCAUUACAACCAAACAAACAAAGUUUUCCUCUUUAUAAUAUUAUAGUAUAGACAACAUUUAUGAAUCUUAACAUUCUCUUUUUACUACAAAUACUCUAAUGUUGCAUUAUCAUUAGAUUAGUCAGACAGGCAUAAUUAAUGUAACUUAUGUGAUUAUCUUAAAAUAAAUUUACAAAUGUAUAUUUAUUUUAAGAUAAUUUUUGAAUCAUAUGUAGUCAUUUUAAAUUUUAAAACCUACAUUAGUUACUUAUGCAAUUUUUUUGGAAACCGCUUACAAGUCUAGUCAGGGUUAAGUAACAAAAAAAUAUUAGUUCAUAAUUAACAGUAGUUUUAUUAUAUUACUAGCUUCCGCCAGCGGCUUCGCCCGCGUGGUGUGUUGAUAAAAAGUAGCCUAUGUGUUAAUCAAGGGUAUCACCUAUCUACAUACCAAAUUUCAUCCAAAUCGGUCCAGCCGUUUUUGCGUGAAAGAAUAACAAACUUACAUCCAUACAUUCUCACAAACUUUCACAUUUAUAAUAUUAGUAGUUUGCUCAUGUAAUUAGUGUAACUUAUGUGAUUAUCUUAAAAUAAAUUUACAAAUGCACAA